CGUCGCGGAUCGAACACGCAAGAUACGGAGUCAACGUGCUUCCGCCGGGGAGCACGAGGUUCUCUCAUCGCGUCACGUCCCGUCCCGUCGUGUCUCGUCCGUCGUCAGCGGCACCCUCCAACGUGAUUAGCACUUAAGCACCCGGCAAUUUCGGAGUUCGAAAUACCCCGAUACCUCGAACGUAUAGUUGGGAGAUGACUUGACGUCAUAGUAGAACGGCACAGGGGCAAGGGGUGUCUUUCCAAUUUAUAUAGGUUAUAUAUCUCUAUAGUUUUGAUUGAUUAAGCGUGACCGUUUCGGUAAAUUAGUAAUGGAAAGUAUAAGAAAUUAGGAAAUGACAGCAGAAGAAAAUCGGGCGUAAAAAAUGAGAACUUGCGAUCAGAAUUCCUCAGCCUAACCAUCAAGUGACCUCUUAGUAGUAUAUGAAUACGUUUAGUGGAAAUUCUGUUUUGAUACGAAGCAAAUUGAUUUAGAAGGUGAAUAUAAAUUAUAUACAUCAAUAGUUCUACAAGCACGCGUCAGAGGUAACGCGUGGCCGGACGUUAAAGUGUUAAAGUCGAAACCACGGAAACAAAGAAUCGUGUUUCGCAAUAACUGCCGAACUCAAGUAAACAACAAUAGCAUUUAAGACAGGGAUCGGAAGAAAUACGAGGUCCAAUGAACGUGAGUUCCAAUUAAAAAUCGGAAGAAACGCGGGAGCCCGGUUGAAUAGUUCAAUUUUGUAUGUCGAGCGAGUGCACGACGAUUACGUUCUCCCGGGGGUCCGCUGGAGGCGGUGGAUCACUGGAUUAAUGGCACACGGUUAGAAGAAUAGGAGAAACUCGGCCGCACGCAGGCAUCCGAGGACGUGACUUGAUUUUAAGGGAACGGGAUCGACGAACCGGCGUCGACGAGUUCUCCGACGCAGCACGGACACGGGCGAGGGCGGAACGUCGGCGCGACGCGGCGCACAAAGAAGAUCAACGGCUACCUGUGCGCGUUUGUUUGUGUGUGCAUCGAUUCGGUGAGGCAGGAUCGAUCUGACGGAAGGAGAAACGGUGUCGCGGCGGCAGUAAACAAAUAGGAAACGUGUUCCGCGAUCGGUAUCGGUCAGAUGGGAUCGAGGGAAGUUUAGCGAGCAUUUACCUGCGACCACCGGCUCGCGUGUGCAGGAAACUACCCCUUGGAAACGUUUCUUGAACCGUGGAGUCGCGUUCGGAGAGCCGGUGAACGUUUCAUCUUGAUAGCUGUUGCUCGGAAUUUCGCGCGGCACGCGUCCCCGGAGGAAAGGAGAAAGAGGACAUAAAUAGAAAAAAAGACACGAAAGAGGGAGGAAUAAGGAAUUUGUGAGAGAGGAACGAAGGAGGGAAAUCGAAGAAAAGGAGGAGACGAAAAGAUAGAGAGAAUUAGAGGAAAAGGAGAAAGAGAUAGAGGAACAGGCAGAUAGAAAGCAGAGAAAUAAAAUAACAGAGAGACAGAGAGGGAAAGAUAGGAGAAUAGAGAAGUAAAGAUAAGAAGAUAGAGAGACGAAGCUAGAAAGCGAAAGUCCAGCCAACUGUCACGCAAGAAGACUGAGAACCGACAAAAUCAAUCAGGGAAACGAUGAACUGCCAGCGAACUAGCCCCCCUAGUCGUCGGAUACUCUAACGCAGCGCGUGGAUCCCGACAAGUUCCCAUCGCAUAGAUUCCUAGCCAGAUCAAGGGAAAAAUGUCGGUCGAGAUAAGAGCGGGUCGACCCACGAUGCCGACUAUACCGCAGUCGAAGAGACCAACGAUUUUGGUGUAUCCAACAGUAACCCCGGAGAGUAUCAUUAUCCCGAUAGUGUCGUGCAUUCUGGGAUUUCCAUUAUUGGCGUUAAUGGUGAUCUGUUGUCUAAGGAGGCGGGCAAAGCUCGCGAGGGAACGAGCCAGAAGGAGGAACUGUGAUCUGGAUCACGGCGCACUGAGCCUCGUUCGUUUCAGUCCUGUCCAUCGCUUGGCGUCUAAAGAGGAUUUAGUGGGAAUUGAUCGUCCAACGAGAGCGGUAUCGUUAAGAAGCGAUCGAGAAUCUCGGACAUUCCCAUCCCUGGAAUUGGAUACGGUGGUCGAGGAGAGAUCGGAUCCUGAACAGAGUACUGCACUAGAACUUAGCAGUCCAGAUUAGCAUCCAGCUUUGGUACCGCCCAGGUCUCCUCGACCAUCGAAAUCGGCGGUACCAUUGCCUGUAGAUCACAGCCCAUUAUGGACGGCUUUGACACACGCUAAUUCCGUGUCUUCUGUUCUCGGAGAUACCUAGCAGCACGUUGAAGAGGGCGGCUACAUCGAAGCACUAGUCCUCGACUUACCAAUCAUCUACUAAAAUAAAGAACGAAUCAACGUGUCUUGUUCGAUUUCAAGACCGCGAACUUGUACCGCGAAAAGUGCCAUAACGUGAACCAGUUUCAAAAAAUACACACGUUUAAAAGAAAACUAUAGAACUCUAUGAACGAGUCUCACGUACGUAACAGAAGCUACGGGAAACUAAAUUUUUUACCGGUAUACUUGUAUAGCACGCUACAGCCAUUCCGCUUUUUACAUGAGGAAAGUUGCUUAAGGGGAUAAUAUACGUGAACACUACUAAUGUAAAUACUAAUUUAUUAACAUCAUGUACAAUAAAAAAAUCAAAGUGUAUAAAUAAUAAAGCAUUAU